CACAAGGUUUACAUAGUGGGGUAUAGCGCAGUUUUCCGAAGCAAUGGCAUCCUCGAAGUCAGAUAGCUUAGAUGUUCAUUCUGUAAUUAGUGUUGUGGAGCUCGUCAAAGAGCCCAUAUUCUCAGUCCCCCAAGAAUAUGUUCACAUGGAUCAACAAAACCCAACCUUUUCUGUUCGCACUGAUCAUCCCCUUCCAACUCUUCCCACCAUUGAUUUCAAGCUGUUAGUCUCGGGGGAUACCACGGAUUUGGAGCUAGAAAAGUUGCACUCCUCUUGCAAAGAAUGGGGCUUCUUUCAGUUGGUGAACCAUGGUGUUAGCUCUUCACUGCUGGAGCAGCUGAAACAUGAGAUUGAAGAAUUUUAUAAUCUUCCAUUGGAAGAGAAAAGGAAAUACAUGGUAAGGCCAGAUGAUUUUCAAGGGUAUGGCAAUACCAAAAUAGAUGAAAGACUUGACUGGGGUGAUAGAUUCUAUAUGAUUACCAAUCCUAUUCAUCACAGGAAGCCACAUCUUUUGCCAGAGCUCCCACCAUCAUUCAGGAAUCCCUUGGAAUUUUAUCUGCUGGAAUUGCAAAAACUUGCCAUGAAACUGCUUGGGUUUAUAGCAGAAGCUCUGAAAGUGGACUUGAAGGAGAUUGGGGAGAUUUUUUAUGAUGGGUUACAAUCAGUGAGAAUGACAUGCUAUCCCCCAUGCCCACAGCCAGAACUUGUUGUAGGCUUCAGACCUCACUCAGACGCCACUGGCAUCACCAUACUUAAUCAAGCCAAUGGUGUAGAUGGUCUUCAGAUAAAAAGAGAUGGGGUUUGGAUUCCGGUGAAAUUCAUCCCAGAUGCUCUUGUGGUGAAUGUGGGAGACAUUCUUGAGAUUCUGAGCAACGGUGUCUAUAAAAGCAUUGAGCACAGGGUCACGACAAAUUCUAAGGAAGAAAGGGUCUCUAUUGCUUUUUUUGUCUGCCCCAAAUUCGAGGCAGAGGUUGGUCCUUUGACUAGUUUAAUCAGCCCACAAAAUCCACCAUUAUUUCGAAGAAUAGGGAUGGAAAAAUAUGUCAAAGACUUCUUCUCCCGCAAGCUCUCUGGGAAAUCAUUCUUGGAGCACAUGAAACUUGAUGGAGCUGAAGAGGCUACGCUGCUUGAUGGCAAUUGACAUCUCUCCACAUGUCGAGAGACUGCUAGCUUGUACAAUAUGUUAUAGUUAUGUUAUAGUGUAUGUUGAAGCAAUAAAGGACUGCCGAGCUAUGUCCAGUGUAAUGAAUGUAAAGUGUGCUGUAGGGGUGUCUGUCUUGUCAUAUUAAAGCUAGUUCGUGCAUGAACAUGAAUA